CGGAAGUAGGGGGAGUGAGGAAAGGACGGGUAAAGGCCGCAGGCUCGGGCGGCGGUGGGUGGAGGAAGAGAAGCCGUGGGAGUGCCGCUGCCACCGCCGCUGCCGACGCCACCGCGGCCGCUGUCCCCGACGCCGCCGCCCCCCUCCCCACGCCACCACUACUGUUUCUUCUCCUUGUGUGUGAGAUUGGAACCUGCGCGUGGAUCUGCCGUUGCCACGGGCUGCGUAGCUCGCGAGGUUUCAGCAUAGGAAAGAAAAACCAGGAAUGUAAAGAAGAAAUCAAGAUGGAUCGAAGUAUGGGUGUGGAUUCGGUCACCAUCUCUGUUGAGGGGAUGACAUGUAGUUCCUGUGUUUGGACCAUUGAGCAGCGGAUUGGAAAACUGAAUGGUGUACAUCAUAUUAAAGUUUCACUGGAGGAAAAAAAUGCAACUAUUAUUUAUGACCCUAGACUACACACUCCAAAGACCCUACUGGAAGCUAUUGAUGACAUGGGCUUUGAUGCUAUUCUCCACAAUCCUAAUCCUCUCCCUGUUUUAACUGAGACUGUGUUUCUGACUGUUGCUGCUUCACUGGCUGUGCCAUGGGACCAUAUCCAAAACACAUUGCUCAAGACCAAGGGUGUGACAGACAUUAAAAUUUCCCCUCAGCAAAGAACUGUAGUGGUGACGGUAAUCCCUUCUAUAGUGAAUGCCAAUCAGAUAAUAGAGCUGCUUCCAGAUCUAAGUUUAGAUACUGGAACUCUGGAGAAAAAGUCAGGAAAUUGUGACGAUUACAGUCUGGCUCAAGCAGGUGAAGUCAUGCUGAAGAUGAAAGUAGAAGGGAUGACUUGCCAUUCAUGCACCAGCACCAUUGAAGGGAAAAUUGGGAAGCUGCAAGGUGUUCAGCGAAUUAAAGUUUCCCUGGACAACCAAGAAGCCACUAUUGUUUAUCAGCCUCAUCUUAUCACAGUAGAGGAAAUAAAAAAGCAGAUUGAAGCUGUGGGCUUUCCAGCAUUCAUCAAAAAACAGCCCAAGUACCUCAAAUUGGGGGCUAUUGAUAUAGAACGCCUAAAGAACACACCAGUCAAAUCCUCAGAAGGAUCACAGCAAAGGAGUCCAUCAUAUACCAGUGAUUCAACAGUCACUUUCCUUAUAGAUGGCAUGCAUUGUAAAUCAUGUGUAUUAAAUAUUGAAAGUACUUUAUCUACACUCCAAUAUGUAAGCAGCGUCACAGUUUCUUUAGAGAAGAGAUCUGCCAUCGUAAAGUACAAUGCAAGCUCAGUCACUCCAGAAACCCUCAGAAAAGCAAUAGAAGCCGUGUUACCAGGGCAAUAUAGAGUUAGUAUUACAAGUGAAGUUGAGAGUACCUCAAACUCUCCCUCUAGCUCAUCUCUUCAAAAGAUCCCUUUGAACAUAGCUAGCCAUCCUCUGACUCAACAAACUGUGAUAAACAUUGAUGGCAUGACUUGUAAUUCUUGUGUUCAGUCUAUUGAGAGUGUCAUAUUAAAAAAGGCAGGUGUAAAAUCCAUACAAGUAUCUCUUGCAAAUGGCAAUGGGACUGUUGAGUAUGAUCCUCUACUAACCACUCCAGAAACCUUAAGAGAAGCAAUAGAAGACAUGGGAUUUGAUGCUGCCUUGUCAGAUACAAAUGAGCCAUUUGUAAUAAUAGCUCAGACUUCAUCGGAAAUGCCGCUUUUGACCUCAACAAAUGAAUUUUAUACUAAAAUGAUGACACCAAUUAAUGACGCGGAAGCAAAGACUACAUCUAAGUGUUACAUACAGGUCACUGGUAUGACUUGUGCUUCCUGUGUAGCAAACAUCGAACGGAAUUUAAGACGAGAAGAAGGAAUAUAUUCUGUACUUGUGGCUCUGAUGGCUGGCAAGGCAGAAGUAAGGUAUAAUCCUGCUGUUAUACAACCCCCAAUGAUAGCUGAGUUCAUCCGAGAGCUUGGAUUUGGAGCCACUAUGAUAGAAAAUGCUGAUGAAGGAGAUGGUGUUUUGGAACUUGUUGUAAGAGGAAUGACAUGUGCCUCCUGUGUACAUAAAAUAGAGUCUAUCCUCACAAAACACAGAGGGAUCUUCUAUUGCUCUGUGGCCCUGGCAACCAACAAAGCACAUAUUAAAUAUGACCCGGAAAUUAUUGGUCCCAGGGAUAUUAUCCAUACAGUUGAAAGCUUAGGUUUUGAAGCUUCUUUGGUCAAGAAGGAUCGAUCAGCAAGCCACCUGGACCAUAAACGAGAAAUAAGACAGUGGAGACGCUCCUUCCUUGUGAGCCUCUUUUUCUGUAUUCCCGUAAUGGGGCUGAUGAUAUAUAUGAUGGCUAUGGAUCACCAUCUUGCAACUCUUCACCAUAAUAAGAACAUGAGUCAAGAAGAAAUGAUCAAAAUUCAUUCUUCUAUGUUCCUGGAGCGCCAGAUCCUGCCAGGACUGUCCAUUAUGAAUUUGCUAUCCUUUCUAUUGUGUGUACCUGUACAGUUUUUUGGAGGCUGGUACUUCUACAUUCAGGCUUACAAAGCACUGAGACAUAAAACUGCAAAUAUGGAUGUACUGAUUGUGCUGGCGACCACCAUCGCAUUUGCCUACUCUCUGGUUAUUCUUCUGGUUGCAAUGUAUGAAAGAGCCAAAGUAAACCCUAUAACUUUCUUUGAUACGCCUCCUAUGCUAUUUGUAUUUAUUGCCCUCGGCCGGUGGCUGGAACAUAUAGCAAAGGGCAAAACAUCAGAGGCUCUUGCCAAGCUAAUUUCACUACAAGCUACAGAAGCAACUAUUGUAACUCUUGACUCUGAUAAUAUUCUCUUAAGUGAAGAACAAGUGGAUGUGGAACUCGUACAACGCGGAGACAUCAUUAAAGUUGUUCCAGGAGGCAAAUUUCCAGUGGAUGGUCGUGUUAUUGAAGGCCAUUCUAUGGUAGAUGAGUCCCUUAUCACAGGGGAGGCAAUGCCUGUGGCUAAGAAAUCUGGCAGCACAGUAAUCGCUGGUUCCAUUAACCAGAAUGGGUCACUGCUUAUCCGUGCAACCCAUGUUGGAGCUGACACAACACUUUCUCAAAUUGUCAAACUUGUGGAAGAGGCGCAAACAUCAAAGGCUCCUAUCCAGCAGUUUGCAGACAAACUCAGUGGCUACUUUGUUCCUUUUAUUGUUAUUGUUUCCAUUGCUACUCUCUUGGUUUGGAUUAUAAUUGGAUUUCUGAAUUUUGAAAUUGUGGAAACCUACUUUCCUGGAUAUAACAGAAGUAUCUCCCGAACAGAAACGAUAAUACGCUUUGCUUUCCAAGCCUCUAUCACAGUUCUGUGCAUUGCAUGCCCCUGUUCACUGGGACUAGCCACUCCAACUGCCGUGAUGGUGGGUACAGGAGUAGGAGCUCAAAAUGGCAUACUAAUCAAAGGUGGCGAGCCACUGGAGAUGGCUCAUAAGGUAAAGGUAGUGGUGUUUGAUAAGACUGGAACGAUUACCCAUGGAACCCCAGUAGUGAAUCAAGUAAAGGUUCUAGUGGAAAGUAACAGAAUAUCACGCAGUAAGAUCCUGGCCAUCGUGGGAACUGCUGAAAGUAACAGUGAACAUCCUCUGGGAGCAGCCAUAACCAAAUACUGCAAGCAGGAGCUGGACACUGAGACCUUGGGUACCUGCGUAGAUUUCCAGGUUGUGCCAGGCUGUGGUAUUAGCUGUAAAGUCAUCAAUAUUGAAGGCUUGCUACAUAAGAAUAACUGGAAGAUAGAGGAAAAUAAUAUUAAAAAUGCAUCCCUGAUUCAAAUUGGUGCAAGUAAUGAACAGUCAUCAGCUUCAUCUUCCAUGAUUAUUGAUGCCCAGCUCUCAAGUGCUCUUAAUGCCCAGCAGUACAAAGUCCUCAUUGGUAACCGGGAGUGGAUGAUUAGAAAUGGUCUUGUUAUUAAUAAUGAUGUAGAUGAUUACAUGAUUGAGCAUGAAAGAAAAGGUCGGACUGCUGUAUUGGUGGCAGUUGACGAUGAACUGUGCGGCUUGAUAGCUAUUGCUGAUACAGUGAAGCCGGAAGCAGAAUUGGCUGUCCGUAUUUUGCAGUCUAUGGGCUUAGAAGUAGUUCUGAUGACUGGAGACAACAGUAAAACAGCUCGAUCUAUUGCUUCUCAGGUUGGCAUUACAAAGGUGUUCGCUGAAGUUCUCCCUUCUCAUAAGGUUGCUAAGGUGAAGCAACUUCAGGAGGAGGGGAAACGGGUUGCAAUGGUAGGAGAUGGAAUCAAUGACUCUCCAGCUCUGGCAAUGGCUAAUGUUGGGAUUGCCAUUGGCACAGGUACAGAUGUAGCCAUUGAAGCAGCUGAUGUGGUUUUGAUAAGGAAUGAUCUUCUGGAUGUAGUGGCAAGUAUUGACUUAUCAAGGAAGACAGUCAAGAGGAUUCGGAUAAAUUUUAUUUUCGCUCUGAUUUAUAAUCUAGUUGGAAUUCCCAUAGCUGCUGGAGUUUUUAUGCCCAUUGGUUUGGUUUUGCAGCCCUGGAUGGGAUCUGCUGCAAUGGCUGCUUCAUCUGUUUCAGUAGUACUUUCCUCUCUCUUCCUUAAACUUUACAGAAAACCAACUUAUGAGAAUUACGAACUGCAUGCCCGAAGCCAGAUGGGACAGAAGAGGCCUUCAGAGAUCAGCGUUCAUGUUGGAAUAGAUGACACCUUGAGAAACUCCCCUAAACUGGGUUUGCUGGACCGGAUUGUUAAUUACAGCAGAGCCUCCAUAAAUUCACUGCUGUCUGAUAAACGGUCCCUCAACAGCAUUGGUACCAGUGAACCUGAUAAGCAUUCACUUCUGGUGGGAGACAGUAGGGAAGAUGAUGACACCGCAUUGUAACAGGCCGCACAGAGUACUACUAGCUGAUGUUGUAACGUGCUGAUACAGCAUUAACGAUAUCUCCUUAACUUCUCGAAAUAUUGUGGAAGGACUUUCUGUUGGUCUCAUGCCCUUAUGUUAGGGAAUAUCUUUGAAUUGCAUUUGUCUAAUAGCAAAAAUAUCUUUUUUUCAGAGCAUUAGCUCUCAACCUAGCUUUAUUUAAGGUGAAUUGCCAAUACUUUUUGUUUUUACUAGGAACAGAUAAGGUAGGCCGGUGAGGUUUACAACAAGCCCCACAAUUGAAGAUUGCGGAAUUGCUGCUAAAGUGACAGAUGACUUUUUCUUUGACCAAAAAGAAAAGGCUCAAGAAAAAGGAUACUUAAAAGUUUGAAGAUCUGAGACCAUGAUCUUGAGGACAUUCUUGAGCUCUCAGCCCUGCCAGGUUGGGGAACAAGGGCUUUUAAAACACUGUAUAAAGCAUCUGGUUUUAGAUGGAAAACAGUAGAAACUGUUUAAAAAUAGACGUGCCUUAUUUAUUAUAGGCUUUCUUCUCCCCUGAUUGUCCCUGCAUCUUUGUCUUUGCAGUUGUUUUCUUAGAUGCCUUAGUAUGAUUCUUUAUUGUUGUUCUUUCCAGUGAGUUAAGUGUAGGUGAUUUUUGAUUGAUAAAAAUAACUGAUAACUUUUCCAAUAUCAUCUUCCUUUAUUUAUCUUGUAGCCCAAAAGACCGUAAGGGUCCAGAGGGUUCCUUGUUUCCUAUCUUUCCACUGUAAAAAAAAAAUGGAUUGGAUUCUUCUUUCAUUGACACCCUAGCUCUGUACAAACCUUCAAUUCACUCCUGCUGACUUUCACUAUAAAUUGUUCUUAAUCUAUCAGCCUCAGUCCAGAAACUUAAGAUUUUUUUUAUUAACAUAUAUUAUUUGCCCCAGGGGUACAGGUCUGUGAAUCAUCAGGUGUACACAUUUCACAGCACUCACCAUAGCCCAUACCCUCCCCAAUGUCCAUCACCCAGCCACCCCAUCUCUACCCCCACUCCCCAGCAACCCUCAGUUUGUUUUGUGAGAUUAAGAGUCUCUUAUGGUUUGUCUCCCUCCUGAUCAAAACUUAAGAUUUUGAGCCUCUUCCACAAUUGACUUUUUCAAAGAUUAAUGUCUUACCAUCUUUAACAUGCACGGGUCAUAUGAAAUUACCUGGACUCAUUAAAUUUGUCCUUCUUUUGGAGAGAAUACAAGGACUUUAGCUGGUAUAUAUAAUUUAAUAUAUUUUAAUGAUAUUUUAGUAUUUUAGAUGACUUCUCAAAAUGACUUUAAAAUAAUACUAUUAUACAAAGCAGCACUUACCAAAAAACACAAUAAGUUGUAAUACAGAAAUGAGAAUUUCCCUAGGUUGUGAUACCUUUUAGUCAAAUUUCUAAUUUUCUCUAGUAUAAAACAUUUGCUCUUGCUAGUUAGCGUGGGUCGUAAAUUCAGGGGCUAUUCUCAGUGCCAUAUACAUUUAGAAAUCCCCUUCUGAGUGCCUAAGAGUUAACACACUGGUCAGAGAUCUGGCACUUGCACCACUGUCUAAAUUUCUUGUUAAUUGCAAGAUGGAUUUCAUAUGCAGAACAUGGAAGUGAAAAUAAAUAAAUAAAUUCCUAACAUUUUGUUCCUAUCACCAUAUGUAAAGCUGUUAGCACAAUGCCUAGCACAUAGGAUUUACACUUAGUAUUUUUUUCCCCUUGAGGUCUGUAAUGAAUAUUAAUAAUCAAUUUUUUUAGGGGAGAGUCUACAAUCAGGUGAGAGUGGGGGAUGGGUUUCUUUGUCUCCUAUUUCCUUUCUCUCUUAUCCUUUCAUACACACACAAAAAGUUUACCACAUUAUUCCAUUUUGUCUUUAAAGAUUUGGAAAAAAACUUAUUUUUAUCUCCACUAUCUUAAAGAGAGAACUGAAACUACUGAUGAAGGUGCUAUUAAUCUAGAAAGGCAAAACCAUCCUAAUGAAAUAUGAAUGUGUUUGUAUGUCUAGGCUCUUUAAAUGCCUCUGCCAUCUUCCAUGCUUCCGCUUUGAAUUUUAAUAUUGGUUUUUUAUUUUUAAUUCUAGUGGUUCAUCAUACCACAACUUGUUUCUUCUAGAAGAAACAGCUAAUAAGACAAAUGUAUAAUAGACUUUUGAAAAAAGAAGCACCUCUCUUUCUUUCUCCCCUACUCUUUCUCUGUCUUUGAAACACUUGAACAUAGUCAGUUACUACUUUGAUUUCCAUGUGUGUUUGUGAAUUGUCCUUUUGGCUCCCACUUGCCAAGGGACCCACGUGUCCUAGGACAGUGAGAAGAGCAGCCUAUAGUCUGGGAAUAAUGAAGGAUCUAAUUUCAACCCUUACUAUUAGAACAGAAAACAUGUUUAGAAAGAAUCCUGUUUUAAGUAUCUGUAACCAUCUUUGAAUUCUCUACCACAAGUCUCUUUUGUAAUCCUGAACUCCCAGUUAGCUUCAUAGAGCAGCUGUAUUCACAGGAGAGAGAGAGAGAGAGAGAGAUGAUAAUCAGGAUUAAAAACAUUGGUUUUAGUUAGUAAGUAGCUUUAAGUAACUAAUGACUAGUGAGAACAAAUGUUAUAAAUGUAUAUGUGUGUAUGUGUAUGUCUAUACAUACAUAUGUACACACACAUAUUUACCAUAUAGAAGUAAAAUGGAUUUAUAUUUGAAUUUGAUAUUUGACUAUCUGAAGAUCUUUAUUUGUCCUUCCUUUAUCACUCUUCUAUAUUCACUCAGUAACCAUGCUGUCAGUCUGAAGAUAACAAGGAUGUUUUGAUAUCCAGUGCUGGUUCUUACUCAACUAUGGGGCACCUUUUAUCUUGAAUAUCCAAAGAUGCCUUUUGAAUUUCAAAGGUUAAAACACAACUAGAGUAUUUAGUGUCCUAGUCUAAAGAAGUAUGGUGGUCAGUUGUGAAAAUAGAGAUGUUCUUAGUUUAGUAUCAGCAUUUUAGAGUGUUAAAUUUGAUGCCUUGUGAACAAAAAAUUUUAUAUUGUGCUUUAACUUUUUAAAAGUUUAUUUUUUUCUUUUUUCACAUGUCUUCUUCAGAAUGCUUAAAAUAGCACUGUAGACAAGAUGUUUCCAAAAAUUUAAAUGUGUGUCUCUUCUAUGUACACAGCUUAAAAUCAAGAAUAUAUGUUCUUUGAGAAAUUUUUUCCCAUUUCUUGUGAAUCUUGCUUUAAGAUUAUUUUACUCUAUUUUGUUACUUUCUUUGGGUGAGGCAUCUGGUUAUUGGUUGUUUUAACAAGAAUAAAAACAUUCCUAGAAUCACUCCCUUUGGAUUUUUUGCUUGCUUAUUUCUUACUUUUCUAUAUUUAAAAAUCUUAUCUUACCAAAUAUAGAAAAUACGGAUUCAUGCUGAAUUAUUAGCUGUUUUUGACACUAAGUUUCUGUAGUCCCUCUGGAAGUUUAUCUGGUGUAAAUAACCAGGUAAAGCACAAAAACAUGAAAUCUCAUUCUUCAAUUAAAAGAGCUUCUAUCAUGGCAUUGAUAAUAGAUACCUUUUGUAGCCAAAACCAGGCGUCUCAACCAUAUGUUUUUAGUUAAGUGUUUAACUAAUCAUUGUUAAACAUUGGUUGGUACCCAAAACAGGACAAUGUGCAAUAAUUGUCUACUACAGUUAAAAUAUUCAGUAGUUUUUCCAUAAGCAUGUAAUUGAUCAUAUUUCUGCCAGGGAUGUGCCUUCAAUUUUAUAAUUAUAGUAUUGUAGAGAAAUG